AUGUUAUGGAUUUGUUUUUAUUUAUACCAAUAUCAUAAAGGACAGGUUUGGCGUGGCUUUGAUAUGCUUAAUCAUGAGGAUGUUGCCAUUAAGCUAGAAGCUGGUGAUACCUUAUCAACCCAUCUUUGGAGAGAGGCACAGAUAUAUGAACAACUUGGAGGUUGCAUAGGAUUUCCCAAAUUAUAUUGGUAUGGAUCUCAUGAAGAUGACAAUGAAAUGGUCAUAGAUUUAUUAGGAGCUUCACUGGAACAAGUUUUUAAUCUAUGUGGCCGUAAAUUUAGCCUUAAGACAGUGCUGAUAUUGAUUGAUCAAAUGGCAAGUAUUUUUUAUUACUACAAGAAUAUCUCAUGGAUUCUUCAUUCCUAUCAUCUUGUUCACUGUAAUCUAAAGCCAGAAAACUUUCUUCUUGGUGUCAAUGGAAGCGCUGGCAUCCUGCAUUUGAUUGAUCUUGGCUUAAGCACAGAAAAGAUACACCCAAUCACUGGUGAACAUAUUCCCUACAAAGAUGGCCAGAAAUCACUUGGCACUAUUUGCUAUUUAUCAUGCAAUGCUCACAUGGGCAUCCAGCAAUCCCAAUGUGAUGACUUGGAAGCAAUUGUCUAUAUUAAAAUUUAUUUUCUCCAUGGAUCUCUUCCAUGGCUGGGAAUCAAGGGCAGCAAGGAGAAAAAGUACAGACUUAUUAAGAAGAAGAAGCUUCACACUACGCCUGCUGCACUAUGUCAUGGUCUUCCCAAAGAAUUUCAUGACUUCCUCUUGUAUACUCGUUCACUCGCCUAUAAUCAGGAUCCUGACUAUUUUUAUAUCUGUAAUCUAUUUCGCAACCUUGCAGCACAUCAUGGCUUCCUGUACAACUAUUCAUAUGAUUGGACCAGAAAGAAUUAA